GCCUAAAAAAAUGGUGUAAUGAGGCAAGCCCUCCCUCACAACAUGCCAGGAAGCAGCCCUGAGCCUGGCCUGGCCUUGAAUGAGCUGCUGUGGCCGAGGUCCCCAGGAGAGAACUGGCGGGAAAAGAGGAAGUUUUGGUGGAAUCCUCCGCGCGAGGGCCCCAGGAUGGAGCUGUCAGAGCCCCCACCCCGCACAGUGGUGGGGAAGGAGGAACAGGAGCUGCUGAAGCGAGUCUUCUUCUCCUGGGCUGAGUUCAGCCGCUUCUUCGACAAGUGGUGCCAGCAGCGGUUGGUGGUGUUCUCCAUCAAGAACUCCACACGAGUGGCACGCAGCCCCUGGGCCGGUGUGCCCCCUCUCUACAGGCUCAUCCACGUGCUCAAGUACAGCUACGUGCUGCUGGUGUGCAAGGAUGUGCGCUCAUCCAACCAGCCUGCAAAGUGGUCCUCCCAGCCCAGCUGCCCGGCCUUCAUCACCCUCAAGCUGAGCCCGCUGCGGGACCGCCUCGUGGUGUCGGAGUGCCAGCUCACCCACUCACACCCGGCCUGCCCACGCGAGUUCGCCUACCACUUCCGCCCGGGCCACCUGCUGGCCAACGCCUGCCUGCCCGUACGCAUAACCAACCGGAUCUCCAAGCAGUUCGUGGCCCCGGACGACGUGCGCCGCUUGCUGUCCCGCUGUAAGGGCCCUGACCACGGCGUCCUGGACGCCCUGCACGUGCUGGAGGGGCUCUUCCGCACCGACCCCGAGGCCAAGGUGAGGUUGGUGUUCGUGGAGGACCAGGCGAUGGUAGAGACUGUGUUCUUCCUGACGUCUCGGACCAGGGCGCUGCUGCGGCGCUUCCCACGCAUCCUCCUGGUGGACCGGCUGCCGGGGCUACAGGGCACACUGGACCUGCUGGCCGUGCUGUGCGUGGACGGCGCGGGCCCAGGCCUGUGGCCACUCCUGUGCCGCCUGGCCGGCGCCUCGUCCUACACUGCCUAUACCGAGGCACUGGCCGAACUGCGAGCCCAGGGCCCGGACGCCUUCGUCAAAUAUUUUAACCACAACUGGGCGCCCCGCCACAACAUGUGGGUGCGUUUCCGUGCCUUUGAGGCCUCCGAAGACCUGGACGCCUGCGCCCUGGUACAUGGCCACCGCAGGCGACUGCUGAGCCACCUCAGCCCCUCACACAGCGUGGCGCAGUGCCUUCGUGACCUGGUGGCCAUACAGUGGGCCGACGCAGCCGGGGAGGCGGCCUCUGAGGGCGCUGAUGGCCGAGGGGUGUGGCUGGAUUGCGAGCUCAGGAGUGGGGCCCAGGUAGAGGGGGUGAGGGACCUGGACGCCAGUGACAAGGGCGGGGCCCAGCCAGAAAGGGAGCAGGGGAGGGGCUUGCAGAUGAGAGAUUGGCCAGGGGUCCAUUUGGAGAACCAGCAGGUGAGGGUGCUGGAAGGGAGUGUCUGGAGGGGACCUCAGUUGGAGAAGGAGCCCUCGAGAGGGCCAGAGGUCAGAGACUGGAGGGGAGCCCACUUGGAGCAUGGAAGCUCCAGGGUCCUGGAGAUCACAGACAGGAGGGGAGCCCACUUUGAAUCCGAGAGAGCCGGGAGUUGGGAAGGAAAUCUCCGGAGAGGGGUCCAGCUGCAGGAUGAAAGGGCAAGUGCACUGAAACUCCGGGACUGGAAGCAAGGGAGAGGGGUAGCUGUCAGAAACUGGCGAGAGAUCCAUUUGGAGAAGACCUUGGACUUGCUUCCUGGGCACAGAGACCAAAGAGGGGUUCAGUGGGCAGAUGAGGGGCGGAGAGGGUCAGAGAUCACUGAGGAGAGGGGUGGGCAGCUGGGGGUCAAGAGGAGACGGGGCCUGGAGGAACUCGUUGUGGUCCAUCUGGCAGAUGCCAAGGUUGCAGGCAUGGCAAAUGGAGGGGGAGGGGGCGCCCGGCCGGUGGGCUCCAAGAGCAAAGCAGGGCGAGGAGUAGAGUGGGGGGACACAGGAGGAAGGUGCCCAGGGCUGCCCAACGGAGCCCCGUGUGCCACUUCCAGGGGAGCAGCAUUGGAAGGCAAUCCAGAAAGGGCAGUGACGAGGAGCGGGUCCCUGGCUGUAGGGGAAGCCCUGCUGGAACGAGGUCAAGGAGAAGGCCCACGGGAGCCCAAGAGGCUUUGCUGCCCCUCCAGAGAGCCAGAGAUGGACUGGGAGCCCCUGGCCAAGUUCCGAGCAGCCUGUGGGCCAGAGCUAGCAGAUCUGGUGGCUGAGGAGCUGGCCUUCGCCAGGCAGCAUGGCACCCGGGGUUUCCACUGGACUGGAACUGGCUUCGCUCUUAAGGAUGGCACCUCAGACUUCUUCUUGGAUGGGGCCCUCACGUACUGCAGCUGCUCCAUCCACGCUGCCCGCCGCCUGCCCUGCCGGCACCUCUUCGCAGCACGCCUCCUCACUGGGGCCGCCUUGUUUCACAUGGACUUGCUCAGGGAUUGCUGGGGGAGAGCCCAAGAGCCCUGACCCUUCAGGCUCCUGCCUGCCACCCUCCGUGUGGAGGACAGGCAUUCAUUUAUCCCAAAGAUAACAGGGAUGAGCCAAGGAGGCCACCCCUGUCCCUCUAGCCACCUCCUGGGUCAUCCAGGGACCUUGGCAGUUUGCCUCUCUGGCUCAAGAGGAAACUGACAGUGUUCUCUGAAGCCACAGCUGUAGACGAGGCUGAUGGCCAGGUUGGCCUCUGAGGGCUUCCCUCAGGAGAGGAAUGUGUGAGGAGAGGUGGAAACAGGGUCAGGCCAAGGAAACGGACAGGCAAGGAGGGAACGGAAGGAACAGUGCAGGUCUGGGGAGGACACCAGGAUGUGGGGGGACACAGGAGUAGACUGGUCAUCGUAGGGAUUGGAGGGCGACGGUGGAAAAGCAAGGGAGGAGAGAGAACGAAAAGACAUGGAGAGGUGAGGAAACCAGGAGAGGUGGAGAACAGGAUAAGAGAAGAGGCAGGAUGCGAAGACACGCGGAGGGCAGGCGAGGGGAGGAGAGAAUCUGAAGAGUUGAGAAAGGAUUGACAAAGGACAUGGAGAGAGCAGAGGAGUGUUUGGGGCGUUUCUCCGAGAGACCUGGACACUGGGCCUUCCCGAACGCUCUGGUUGUUCAUUGCAAAAUGGGAAUCUGGAGGGGUGAGCUGAAGACCCCCUGGGGAGGCAACUCUGGAUUGUUGCACUUAAAGAAUGGAAUAAAACAGUAUUAUUUUGGUUUCCAGGCUGAGUUCAUGGCUUCUGGGGGAGGGUGAGAGGCUCCGAUCUUAACGAUUGCUGUGUUAACAAUAACAUUUUAGACGUAUAUAAGAAUAGCAUGUAUUGCCUCUGUGUCUUUGGUCACCUAACGGAAUGAGAGGUGGGGUGACAAGACCUUUGCUUUCCAAAGUGUGGUCCACAGAACAGCAGCAUCAGCACUCCUUGGGAGCAUGUAAGAAACCUAGAGUAGGAAGAGACUUGUGGUGAAGAAAACAGACGUGGGCAGAUGCUUCUCAAAAGGACCUUGCAGGUCAUGUCUGCCAGGAAAAGGGGGCACACGGCUCUGAAGAUGAAGCCGUCUCCUUAACACAGCAAAGUAGGAGAAAAUAGAGGACAGGCAUCGGUUUGAGGCAUCGAAGGGGACACAACUCUGAGAAGGACAGACUGUCCUGCUGACCAAAGAACAAGGACUAGUGGUAUGGGGUUCUGCGCUGGACUGGAGUCUGGUUGGUCAUCCGCUCAGUCCUGGUUUUGUAGCUGUAGUGGACUCUGGCAUGAGAGGCAUUUGGAUUCCCAGGAGAUGAUUGUUCUUGCUGAGCGGGUAGGGAGGUGCAGCCUCAGUUCAGAAACCGUAAUAGCUCCUAUGUAGGGGAGUGACCUCAGCAGAGGGUGGUCUGUGAAGCUCUACUUUUCCUGGAAUCCAAUAGGACUUCAGGUUUAGGAUAAGGUCCAAGAUAACCGCAGGUGUAAGGGCUUCUAGGCAUCUGCCCGGGGCUCUGGAACUAAAUGCCGUGAAGGCUGGUAAUUCAUGUCCCUACACAUCCUUCAUUUAGUUGCUUUUACCUUGGAGUCUUCUGUCUUGAAGGGGAUGAGAUCAUCUAGGUAAAUUUAGAGCUAAUAAGCUUUUUACUGCAGACGCUCCUU